AUGUGUCAAGAAGAUGCUGGGAAUGGGUACCUUGAGGAGGCAAAGAUGGUGUUGGAGAAGACUCCUCAGACGGACUUUGUGACUUGGACAAUGCUUAUUACUGUUUAUGCACAGAAUGGCGAGAUAGGAGAGGCAAAGUUGGUGUUUGAUGCAAUGCCGGAGCGCAACGAGGUGUCAUGGAACGCAAUGGUGAACGCAAAUGCCCAGAACGGACGUAUCGAUGCCACUAAGCCGCUCGUAGAGAAAAUGGUCUCAUUGUAUAUGGCAAAAGCGCCGCCAGCAUAUGACGGGAGCAACAACUUGGCGAUGGCGAAAGAAACCUUUGAUGCUAUGGCGGAGAGAAACCAUGUAUCGUGGAACGCGUUGCUCCAAGGCUAUCGAGCGGCCGGGCAUGGCACCGAAUUGAGGAUGACGUCUGAGAAGAUGCCCCUCAAAACAACGUCGAGUGUCACGGUGGUGAUGGAGUUCGAGUCGAAAAUGGGAGAGAUGGUGGAGGCUAAGCAAGUGUUUGACGAUAAUGGGAUUGGUGGAUCAAGCGUGGUUUCGUGGACAAUCGUGGUGGUGGCUUACGCUCACCAGGACAUGGUUGCCUCGAACACCAUGGUCCACCUCUAUGCCGAGCACGGGCAUUACAUGCUCGAGGCCAAAACCACCUUCGAUCUCAUCCCCCGGCGUGAUGUAGUUUCGUGGAACACCCUGCUCAUCGGAUAUGCGAACAAUGGCGAUCUCGCCGCAGCUCUCAAAGUUUUCCACACCAUGCCAAUGAGAGACACGGUUUCCUGGAACGCCACGGUGACCAUCUACGCAUCCAGUGGAUUCACGGAAGAAGCUCGCGAGAUCUUCGAGCAAACUCCCGGCAGCAACAACACCAUAACCUGGGACGUGAUGCUCGAGGCCUACACCGCGCGGGGCCUGGGAGAAGAAGCUCUGGAGCUCUUCCGUCCCGACGAGGUGGCGUUCGUCAGCAUCUUAAACUCGUGUAGCCACCUCGGGCUCCUGGCGGAAGCUCGGCUCCAAUUCCAGUCCAUGAGCCAAGAUCACAGCCUGGCUCCUGCGAGGGAGCUGCGUGGUGGACAUUCUGGGCCGGGCUGGCCGGAUGGGCGACGCGGAAGAGCUUUUAAAAGCCAUGCCUUUCGUCCCGGACGAGGUGGUGUGGGCCUCCUUCCUCAACUCGUGCAGGAUCCACAGUGA